GCGGUGUCGGCAGCGUUGGGAGGGUGGAGGGUGUGCAAUGGAGCAAUGUUUUUGCUUGAGGGAGGGGGUAAUGGUUUGGGAAUGGAAAGUGGGAGGGUGUGCAGUCGGAGUCGGAGUGAGGUUAGUGGAGUCAGAGUCGGAGUGAGGCUGGAUGGACCUGUGCCCCUAAAAGACGACGUUUUGGAAAAGGAAGUGGUUUUCGAGCAGUGCGUGACGAGGACUCUGUCUCCGGCGUUGACAUUGGAGGAGGGACUUGAGAAACUGAAGGAGGCUCUCCAAAUCUUGAAUUCUCCUUCCCCUUCUUCCCCUACUGGAUUCCUUAGGUUUCAGGUGGCGCUCCCUCCCAGUCCUAAGACCUUCACUUUGUUUUGCUCCCAACCCCACUCCUCCUCGGUCUUUCCUCUCAUUUAUGUUUCCAAGAACGACGCCGACUCUAAAUCACUCUAUGUCAAUUUGGAUGAUAAUCCGCUCCCAGAUUGAGUUAGAUGAGCUGGAAAGUGUUUCCAUUCUGUCAAUGACCCUUGCAUGGGAUGAAUUUUCCUUCUCUACUUUUCAAGAAGCCCAUUAUUUGCUUCAAGAUUCUCUAGACCAGCUGUAGAUCUUCAGUACAAGGAUUUAAGGCAUUUUCAGUGGCAUUGGGAAAAGGGGGAGCCUGUCAUUGUCAACAAUGUCCUUGAAUGUACAUCUGGUUUAAGCUGGGAACCGCUUGUCAUGUGGCGUGCAUUACGUCAUGUAACUAAUACCAAGCAUGGCCAACAUUUGGCGGAGAAAACAAUUGAUUGCUUAGAUUGGACUGAGGGGGAAAUUAAUAUCCACCAAACUUUUACUGGCUAUACAAAUGGUCGUAGGGAUUGGCUUGCUUGGCCACAGAUAUUGAAAUUAAAAGAUUGGCCUCCUUCUAAUUUAUUUGAGGAACAAUUGCCUCGUCAUUGUGCUGAGUUCAUAUCUUCCUUACCCUUCAAGGAAUAUACUGAUCCUCACAAAGGUUCUCUUAACCUUGCUGUGAAGUUGCCUAAUGGUUCUCUAAAGCGAGACCUGGGGCCAAAAACAUAUAUUGCUUAUGGAUUUCCUCAGGAGCUUGGACGUGGUGAUUCAGUGACUAAGCUCCAUUGUGAUAUGUCUGAUGCAGUAAAUGUGUUGACUCAUAUUGCUGAAGUGAAACUGGAUUCUGAUCAACUUACUGUCAUUGAGAAGUUGAAGCAAAAGCAUCUCGAGCAAGAGAAAAGGGAGCUACUUGGUGAUGAUCAAGAUGGAGAAACUAAUGUUGACAUGGUUAAUAAUUCAUCUUCUACAAUAAAUGCUUUGCACAGGCAAAGUAGUGUUGAAGUCAUGGAACAAGAAGGUGGAUUAUGUGAUGGGAUAGAAGUUGAUCAGUUUCAUCAACCGUCUGGUAGUAAUGAGGUUGCCAUUGCUAAUGAGGAUGGUAUUUCAUAUGGAUCAGAGCUCAUAGAGGUUGACAAAGUAAAAAUAAAUCAAGGUGAUUUGUUGUUUGGGGGGGAUGCUUCAGAUGGUGCUCUCUGGGAUAUUUUUCGGAGACAGGAUGUCCCUAAGUUGCAGGAAUAUCUGAAGAAGCAUUUCAGAGAGUUUAGGCAUGUCCAUUGCUGUCCUUUAAAGCAGUUGGAUCAUGCCAAUGAAUUAUCAAACUCCCUGAAAGAAAGUGCCAAUAUUAACACUGUUCGGGCAUCGCUUAUUGUUGAAGAAUGCACAAGACUUGGUUUGAUGUAUUUGUGUAUUGCUCCUGGAUCUAGACCUUCCCCUAUUGCUGUUGCUAAUGCAAGUCACAAAUUAAUCACAUGUAUUUCAUGCUUCGAUGAGCGUUCACUUGCAUAUCAUGCUGUUGGAUAUGGAAGAGGAUCUCACAUUCCAGCAGUAGCCAUUACAUCAUCAGGCACUGCAGUUUCCAACCUUCUUCCUGCUGGACUGCAACCUAAUCUACUAACUACUACUGAACUCUAAUGCAGGUCAAGUCUGAUCUGGCUAAAAAUAUCCAAUCAUUAGAACCAAACUCUAAAUGUUAUGUCUUGUAAUGAGUGAUUCUCUUACACUCUGAAGUAUAACAA